UCGCAUAGGACAGUCGGUGUGAUAAAGAGGCAUGGUAUUUUAGUCUGCCGAAUUGCUUCUGUCUAUACUGUUAUUUGUUUUAUUACAUUUUAAGAACCAGACAUAAAAGUUACACAUUCUAUUUUUGCAUAGCAUUCGAUUACAAUACGAUGUCGGAUUCAGAAGAGGAUUCGAGCAAUUCGGAAAAUAAUUGGCCGAUGAAUGAAGCCUGGAUGUUGAAUAUCUUGAAGGAUGACGAUAAAUCAGAGGCCAAAGUCAAAAUCAAUUAUUUUAGUGCCAAAUCGAUAUGUCAACACGGUGUGAGCAAUUUGAGCGAUUUAAUUAUGGCUUCCAUCAAAUAUGAAAUAGGUGACAAUAGCAAUGAAAAGCAAUUAGACAUCGUCAUAAAACUCUUGCCACAAGAUCCAUUCGGUCGCUAUUUUGUGACGAUUAACCAAUUCGACUUGAGAGAAAUUCAAUUCUAUACGAAGAUAUAUUCCGAUUUAAUGAACUUUCAAAAUGCGCAUUUGAAAACCGGUUGCGAGCCGAUAGCGAUAGCGGUGCCAAAAUGUUUUUAUUCUAAGUAUAAAUCUGGUUUCUCCGAUGCACCGGACGAUAAUGCGAGCCCAGAGCCACCCGAGAGUAUACUAGUUCUACAAGAUAUGCGUCCCUUAGGAUUUAAGACUGUCAAUUUAUCGAAUGGUUUGAGCUUGAACGAAGCGGAAGGUGCGAUUACAGCUAUAGCUGCUGUGCAUUCACUAACACUGGGCAUGAAGUUGAAAGAAAAAGUGGAUCUGAAUGAAAAAUAUCCUUUUUUGUUUCAAAUAGCAAAGGCAACAUCGAGCUAUCAGCAGCUAGUUGAACAGGGUUUUCCACAGUUGGUGAACUUUUUGAAGGGAGUCAAUGGAUUUACCAAUGAGUUGGCAGCACUGGAGGUGAUCAGACUAAAGACCAAGUCAAUUAUUGAGAAAUUACUGCAGCCUAUAGAACCAAUGGGCUUGAUAACGCACACCGAUUUUUGGUGCAACAAUUUGUUGCUAAAGGAAGAGAAAUCGGAAACCGAUGACGAUAGCAAUAAAUCCAUCGACUGUGUCAUUUUGGACUGGCAAAUGAUUACCUACAGCCGGCCAACAAAUGAUCUCGCCUUAUUGAUUUUGUCAUCUUUGCCAUCAAAACUGCGACGCGACAACACACAGAAGCUAUUGAAUCAUUAUUACACAAUGAUGAAGGAGAAUCUCAACAAAAUCAACAUUGAUAUUGAAGUGACAUUGAGCUACACGAAGGAAAAACUACUCGAUGAUUAUAAGAAAUCACAACUUUUAGCUCUUUUACUGUGCAUCGGUUCGGCUGAUAUUGCACUUGGGAAUCAGCAAGCCGAACAACGUUUUCUCGAUGUGCUCCGUGAUCUCUACAAAGAAGGUGUUCUCAACAUUGAAGAGCUAUCUUUCUAAGGAGCCCACACACACACACACACACACACAUCCAUAUUAGAUCGCACUCAUCAAACACCGAAUACACACAAAAGAAAAUAUCACCGUUAGGGACAUAUUUUAACUUAGCACGUACUCUUUUUAUUUAUUUAAAUACUGAUAAUUCAUUCGAAUACUCUCAAUAAUAGCAACAACUAAUAUUUAAUUUAAACAAAAAAAAAAAUACAUCAAGCAAAAAAGAAGAUCAAUCCAUCAAUCCGAAGAUAGCAAUUGAUGACAACGCUUUAAUAAACUCAAUAUUGAUUAUAAUCAGUAUCAAUUCGCUUAGAAACAUGUGUGCAUUGACACUAGAUUCGAAUGCAUGACGAUUAAAUCCUAACCAGAAGAAAAGAUGUUUAGAAUUGAUAUGUUAAAAGUAUGGCAUGAAAUAAACUACAUGAAAAAAUGAA